AGGAAGACAGGUAGUAAGGAAUCGACCUCCUCGACGACGGCAGGAGCUAAGAAUUCCAAGGUCAUGAACACCGCAGCGCUAGCAGCAUCUUCUGAGUCGAUAUUGAGCCGCAUUCUAGAUGUAGAUGGGCAAGGUAAAACGAUGACUGCUGGCAGUGCAAAAGAAGGCGCCGCCCCUGCUCCAGAAGGGGACGAAACUACAAAAAUAGCAAAUCUAGUGGACGAUAAGUAUAGUAUUAAGGCUCAAAACAAUUCAUUUCUACAAGUCAUUUCUUGCAGUUUCCUUCUUGGGAUUCUGAAGAAAUGCAGGCAAGAAAUGAAACGCUUUGAGCUCUAAUAGUAGUAAUACAGAAAAAGCGAAUGGCGAGAUCAAUGUGAAUGCACCUCCCGGCACAACACUUCUCGGCAUUGCGGUGGUAAACAAUGAUCGCAGCACAGCAGCAGCUACGACCGGCACAAUUAGUACGAGCAGUAGUCCGAACGGAAGCGAGCGUAUAACUAGACCUCCAUCUUCGAUGAGUAGGCAGAUAAAGGGCAAUACUCGCAUUUCUCUGGCG